AUGUCGGACCGGAGCGCCCCGGGCUGCCGGCUCAGACUGGACUGGGUCUACGGGUACCGGGGCCACCAGUGCCGGAAUAACUUGUACUACACGGCCGGGAAGGAGGUGGUUUACUUCGUGGCCGGAGUCGGGGUCGUUUACAACACCAGGGAGCACAGCCAGAGGUUCUACCUGGGACACAAUGACGACAUCAUCAGCCUGGCCCUUCACCCAGAGCGCUCCCUGGUGGCCACCGGUCAGGUUGGAAAGGAUCCGUACGUCUGUGUUUGGGAUUCGUUCACCGUUCAAACCGUCUCUCUGCUGAGGGAUGGACACACUCAUGGUAUCGCCUGCCUCGCAUUCAGCGCUGACGGACAGCGUUUAGCUUCAGUCGGUCUGGAUGCCAAGAACACAGUUUGUAUCUGGGAAUGGAAACGAGGGAAGAUUCUGGCUACAGCCACCGGACACUCAGACCGGAUCUUCGACAUCUGCUGGGAUCCAUUUCAGCAGAACCGACUGGUGAGCUGUGGAGUGAAACACAUCAAGUUCUGGUCUCUGUGUGGAAAUGCUCUCACUCCCAAACGUGGGAUUUUCGGGAAGACUGGCGACCUGCAGACCAUCUUGUGCGUCGCGUCGGCUAAAGAUGACAUCACGUACUCGGGCGCGCUCAAUGGAGACAUUUACGUCUGGAAGGGACUCAACCUGAUACGAACAGUUCAGUCAGCCCACGGGGCUGGUAUCUUCAGCAUGUAUUCCUGUGAGGAAGGUUUCGCCACCGGAGGCAGAGACGGCUGCAUCCGACUUUGGGACGUCGACUUUAAACCGAUCACCAAAAUCGACCUACGAGAGGCCGAACAGGGUUACAAAGGUUUGUCUAUUCGCAGCGUCUGUUGGCGAGCCGACAGGAUUUUGGCAGGAACUCAGGACAGCGAGAUCUUUGAGGUGAUGGUUAGAGAUCGAGACAAACCUCUGCUCAUCAUGCAGGGCCACAGCGAAGGAGAACUCUGGGCGCUGGACGUUCACCCCAAGAAACCUCUGGCCGUCACCGGCAGCGACGACCGAUCCGUCAGGUUGUGGAGUCUGGUGGAUCACGCCCUCAUCGCUCGCUGCAACAUGGAGGAGGCGGUUCGCAGCGUAGCGUUCAACGUGGACGGAUCCCAGCUGGCUCUGGGCAUGAAGGACGGAUCCUUCACCGUGCUGAGAGUCAGAGACAUGACGGAGGUCGUCCACAUCAAGGACAGGAAGGAGGUCAUCCAUGAGAUGAAGUUCUCUCCAGACGGAGCGUAUCUUGCUGUCGGCUCCAACGAUGGGCUGGUGGACAUUUAUGCUGUGGCCCAGAGAUACAAGAAGGUGGGAGAAUGCAGUAAAUCCUCCAGUUUCAUCACUCAUCUUGACUGGUCUCUGGACAGUAAAAUCCUUCAGACCAACGACGGAGCCGGAGAACGUCUCUUCUACAGAAUGCCCAUGGGGAAGCCGGUGGUCAGUAAGGAGGAGGUCAAAGGUCAGCGCUGGGCAUCCUGGAGCAGCGUCCUGGGCUCCGAGGUCAGCGGCAUCUGGCCUAAAUACUGCGACCUGACCGAGAUCAACGCCGUGGACGCCAACCACGCCUCCGCCGUGCUGGUUACCGGGGACGACCUGGGUCUGGUCAAACUGUACCGGUUCCCCUGCAUCAGGAAAGGAGCCAAGUUCAAGAAGUACAUAGGACACUCGGCCCAUGUGACCAACGUCCGCUGGUCACAUGACCUGCAGUGGGUUCUGACGACGGGCGGCGCCGACCACGCCCUGUUCCAGUGGAGGUUCCUGCCAGAGUCGGUGAUGAACGGGGGUCUGGACGUCAACGUACAAGAUGGUCACGGCGACUCCAACAGCGAAGAGUCGGACAGCGAUGUGUCCGAUGUCCCAGAGCUCGACUCCGACAUCGAGCAGGAGACUCAGAUCAACUACGACCGGCAGGUGUACAAGGAGGACCUUCCUCAGCUACGACAGCAGAGCCGGGAGAAGAAGCAGCAGGUCGGAUCUCUGAAGAGGCAGAAAGGACCAGAUCAAGGUCUCCGACUGCAGUUUGUUCACGGGUACCGUGGGUACGACUGCAGGAACAACCUGUUCUACACUCAGGGUGGGGAGGUUUUGUACCACGUGGCGGCGGUCGGCGUCGUCUACAACCGGCAGCUGCACAGUCAGCGUUUCUACCUCGGACAUGAUGACGACAUCCUGAGCCUCAGCAUCCACCCGCUGAAGGACUAUGCUGCUACCGGACAGAUUGGGAGGGAUCCUGCCAUCCAUGUGUGGGACAUCCAGACUCUAAAAUGUCUGUCUUUGCUGAAGGGGUUUCAUCAGAGAGGAGUUUGUGCUCUGGACUUCUCAGCGGACGGGAAGAGUUUAGUUUCCGUAGGGAUCGAUGACAGACAUUCAAUCGUCGUCUGGGACUGGAAGAGAGGAGAGAAGCUGGCUACUGCCCGGGGUCACAAGGAGAAGAUCUUUGUGGUGAAGUGUAACCCGCUGCUGAUGGACAAACUGGUCACUGUGGGAAUCAAACACAUCAAGUUCUGGCAGCAUGCAGGUGGCGGCCUGACGUUCAGGCGUGGUGCGUUCAGGAGCGUCGGCCGGCCGGAGACCAUGAUGUCGGUGUGUUACGGUCGCAGUGAGGCGCUGGUGUUUUCUGGAGCUGCGACUGGAGACGUUUACAUCUGGAAAGAACCUCUGCUACUGAAAACGGUGAAGGCCCACGAUGGACCGGUGUUCGCCAUGUUCUCCCUGGACAAGGGUUUUGUGACUGGAGGGAAGGACGGAGUGGUGGAGCUGUGGGAUGACAUGUUUGACCGCUGCCUGAAAACAUACGCUAUCAAGAGAGCAGCGCUGUCUCCAGGAUCUAAAGGUCUCCUCCUGGAGGACAACCCGUCCAUCAGAGCCAUCACUCUGGGUCAUGGUCACAUUCUGGUGGGAACCAAGAAUGGAGAAGUUCUGGAGAUCGACAAGACCGGACCCAUGACUCUACUGGUGCAGGGUCACAUGGAGGGUGAGGUUUGGGGUUUGGCAUCUCAUCCUCUACUUCCUGUCUGCGCCACCGUCAGCGACGAUAAAACACUUCGACUCUGGGAGACGUCGGCGAAUCACCGCAUGGUGGCCGUUCGCAAGCUGAAGAGAGGCGGUCGCUGCUGUGGCUUCUCUCCCGAUGGUAAAGCGUUGGCGGUCGGUCUGAGCGACGGCGGUGUCCUGGUGGUGAAUGCUGACACUCUGGAGGAUCUGCUGAGCUUCCACCAUCGCCGGGAUGCCAUUUCUGACAUCCGCUUCACCCCAGAUUCAGGUAAAUACCUGGCCGUGGCGUCACAUGACAGCUUCGUCGACAUCUACAACGUUCUGAGCAGCAAGAGGGUCGGGAUCUGCAAAGGAGCGUCCAGCUACAUCACACACAUCGACUGGGACGCCCGAGGUAAACUGCUGCAGGUGAACACCGGAGCCAAAGAACAACUUUUCUUCGAAGCACCGAGAGGAAAACGACAAACCAUCAGAAACUCUGAGUUGGAGCGGAUCGAGUGGUCCAGCUGGACUUGUGUUCUGGGUUCCAGCUGUGAAGGAAUCUGGCCGACCCACAGCGACAUCACCGACAUCAACGCCACGACGCUCACCAAAGACCGAACGCUGCUCGCCACCGGAGACGACUUUGGCUUCCUGAAGCUGUUCGGAUACCCCGUCAGAGGCCAGUACGCUCGCUUUAAGCGCUACGUGGGCCAUAGCGCUCAGGUGACCAACGUCCGCUGGGCUCAGGAUGACUCCACGCUGCUGACGGUGGGCGGAGCCGACACCGCCCUCAUGAUCUGGGCCCGGGAGCGAGGGGGUGGAGUCAGCAGCGAAGGGGAGGGCCCUCUGUUUCGAGACAACCGACCACCUGUGGACAGCGAGGAGUCGGACGACGACAUCGAAGAGGACGGAGGCUAUGACAGCGACGUCGCCCGAGAGAAGUCAGUGGAUUACACAACCAAGAUGUACGCCGUUAGCAUCAGAGAGAUGAGAGGAACCAAACCUCACCAGCAGCUGAAGGAGCUUUCUGCUGAGGAGAGGCAGGGCAUUGUCAAGCCUCCAGUGAGUCGAGCAACGCCGCAGCCGGAGAAACUCCAGAAGAACAAUGUGUCGAAGAAGAAGAGGCUGGUGGAGGACCUGGUUCUGGACCACGUGUUUGGUUUCCGGGGCUUCGAUUGUCGUAACAACCUGCACUACCUCAACGACGGCACCGAGAUCGUCUACCACACUGCCGCCACCGCCAUCGUCCACAGUUUCAGCACCGGAACUCAGAGCUUCUACCUGGAACACACGGACGACAUCCUGUGUCUGACCGUCAACCAGCACCCGAAAUACAAAAACAUCAUCGCCACGGGUCAGAUCGGCGACAUCGGUGAAGUUUCAGGUACGACUCCGUCCAUCCACGUUUGGGACGCGAUGAGCAAACAGACAUUGUCCAUCCUCCGCUGUCCUCACACUAAAGGCGUCAGCUAUGUCAACUUCAGCGCGACCGGAAAACUGCUGCUGUCUGUCGGAGUCGAACCUGAACACACCAUCACUGUGUGGCGCUGGCAGGAAGGAUCCAGAGUUUGCAGUAAAGCCGGACAUCCCGACAGGAUCUUCGUGGUGGAAUUUCGUCCGGAUUCCGACUCUCAGUUUGUGUCGGUGGGAAUCAAACACGUGAAGUUCUGGACGCUGGCCGGCGGCUCGCUGAUGUACAAGAAAGGAGUGGUGGGAACGGUGGAGGACGGGCGGAUGCAGACGAUGCUGUCAGUCGCCUUCGGUGCUAAUAACUUGACGUUCACCGGAGCCAUUAAUGGCGACGUGUACGUCUGGCGAGAUCACUUCCUGUUGAGGGUGGUGGCGAAGGCUCACACCGGUCCGGUGUUCACCAUGUACACAACGCUGAGGGACGGACUCAUCGUCACCGGCGGCAAGGAAAGACCGACUAAGGAGGGCGGAGCGGUGAAGCUCUGGGACCAGGAGAUGAAACGAUGUCGAGCCUUCCAGCUGGAGACGGGGCAGCAGGUCGAGUGUGUUCGAUCCGUCUGCAGGGGAAAGGGUAAGAUCCUGGUGGGGACGAAGGACGGCGAGAUCAUCGAGGUCGGGGAGAAGAACGCUGCCUCCAACCUGCUGCUGGACAGUCACGCUCGGGGAGGAAUCUGGGGCCUGACGGCUCAUCCGGCUAAAGAGGUCUGCAUCACGGCCAGCGACGACGCCACCAUCAGGCUGUGGGACCUCACUGACAAGAAACUGUUGAACAAAGUGUGUGUCGGCCAUGCAGCUCGCUGUGUGAGCUACAGCGCAGAUGGAGAGAUGCUGGCGGUCGGGAUGAAGAACGGCGAGUUUCUCCUCCUCCUCGCCAACUCGCUCAAGAUGUGGGCGAAGAAACGAGAUCGCAGCGCUGCCGUCCAGGACCUCCGGUUCAGUCCGGACCGGCGGUUACUGGCGGUUGGUUCUGUGGAGAACACGGUGGACGUUUACGACGUGAGCGGAGGACCGAGUCUGAACCGACUGGUUUACUGCAGCGACAUUCCUGCUUUUAUUCUGCAGCUCGACUUCUCUGCUGACAGCUGCUACAUACAGGUGUCCACAGGAGCGUAUAAGCGGCAGGUGUUUGAGGUUCCUUCAGGGAAGCAGGUGAGCGACCAGACGGCCAUCGACAGAAUCACCUGGGCUACGUGGACCAGCGUCCUGGGAGAUGAAGUUUUGGGUAUUUGGCCGCGAAACGCCGACAAAGCCGACGUGAACUGUGCCUGUGUGUCUCACGCCGGCCUGAACGUCGUCACCGGCGACGACUUCGGGUUGGUCAAACUGUUCGACUUCCCCUGCACAGAGAAGUUUGCCAAACACAAGCGCUACCUCGGCCACUCGGCUCAUGUGACCAACAUCCGUUUCUCCCAUGAUGACAAAUAUGUGAUCAGCACAGGAGGAGACGACUGCAGUGUGUUUGUUUGGAAAUGUCUGUAAAUGGAUCCAAAGCGCCUUAACAGCACCACAAGUGGAUCCAGAGGGCAUCGAACCCGAACCUUUCACACCACAGUCUGGAUGGACAACAAAACAAAGCAAAGCAUUGGGAGAACCUGAGCAAGAGAAACUUCUGGCUUUUGUUUACAGUUUGUUUGGGUGGCCUCAACUACGGCGCCCUGCAGGGGUCAUAUGGAUGGAAAAAAUACGUUAAAAUAAUAUGCAAACAGGUUAAUGAAUCCUUCCCUUCGUUAAUCUGUACGUAUAGGCUUUCACAUCAAUAUGACUCCUGCAGGCCUCCGUAGAAACAUCAGCGGAUUUCCACUGAGUCCUCUGAGUGUUUGUUGAGGAAACAAAGAACCACGUUUAAGUAUGAACUCUCAGAGCUGUAAUCGUCUUUUCUUAACAGAACAAUGAAUGGAAAAGCUCAAUAAAUGUGUUUCACUGUACAGCACUUUCAAUAAUCUACUGGGUCUUAAUUAAAAACGCUAACAGUCAACAUUAGUAAGGAUCACAAGUUGCCUGGACAAAGUGACACAACUUACACAAAUAACAUACCAACUCAUAUUAGGCAAUUAAUCAGGGAAGCUGUGUUCUUCAACUUUGUAUUAUACAUGAACAUCUUAUAAAUGUAUAUUAUUGUUAAUCAAUUAUCUACUUUAUGUCCCAAGUUGCAUUCAGGGGACAUUUAAGGUAGCGACCAGUUCAGUUCUAGAGCCCUGACUGAUAAGAAUGAGGUUUUCCUCCAGUUUCACAUCAUUAUUCACCUUAAAAAGAUAGUUUGUUUUUUUAAAGUGGGUUGUAUUUAUGGUCAGUGUGUGGCAGUCAGCAUGACCCUCCCGUUUAAAGAGGCAGACCAUCUGCAACGCACCAAAUUUAAGCCACCAUAAAAAUCAGUUUGAGUUUACACUGGAUUUGAAAGAUUUGUGCACUUGUCAGUAAGAUAAUGGAAAUUUUACGAUUUAGAAAUUUAGGGCACAGGAAAGUGGUGAGAAAUUCCACCAUUAAUAUAGUUUACACCUAAACUUAUGCUGUUUUCUUCAUAGAACCUUUUUAUGUAGCUGUCUAUCUACCCAUUCAUCUGCCAGCCUACCUACCCAUGUACUGGGUUACCUUCCUUUGUAGCUACCUACCACCUACCCACCUAUCAACUGAUAUACUCACCUGUCUAUCCAGCUACCUAUCUAUGUUCCCACCCACCCAUCUACAUUUCUACCUACCUACAUAUCUACCAACCCACCCAUUCAUCUAAUUACGUUCCUAUCUUCAUAUUUACUUAUGUACAUACCAACCUACUUAUGUUGAAACCCACCUACCAUGUUCCUACCUUCCUACCUACAUCCAAUCCUUCCUUCUUACCGACCGACCGACCAAUUUAUCUGCAUAUCCACCAACCAACCCACUCAUUUAUCUACUUAUCUAUGUUUCUACUUAUGUACCUACCAUGUUCCUACCUACUUACAGUCCAACCGUCCUUCCUUCCUACCUACUGACCUACCUACCCACAUCCCUUCCUUCCUUAUUUCCUUCCUUCUUAUUCAUGUUCCUUCCUUCCUAUCUACUGACCUAGCUUCCUUCCUUCCUACCUACUGACCUAGUUUCCUUCCUUCCUACCUACUGACCUAGCUUCCUUCCUUCCUUCCUAUUCAUGCUCCUUCCUUCCUUCCUAUCUUCCUUCCUUCCUUCCUACCUACUGACCUAGUUUCCUUCCUUCCUUCCUACCUACUGACCUAGCUUCCUUCCUUCCUUCCUAUUCAUGCUCCUUCCUUCCUUCCUAUCUUCCUUCCUUCCUUCCUACCUACUGACCUAGUUUCCUUCCUUCCUUCCUACCUACUGACCUAGCUUCCUUCCUUCCUUCCUACCUACUGACCUAGCUUCCUUCCUUCCUUCCUACCUACUGACCUAGCUUCCUACCUUCCUUCCUUUUCAUGUUCCUUCCUUCCUUCCUUCCUUCCUACUGACCUAGCUUCCUUCCUUCCUUUUCAUGUUCCUCCCUUCCUUCCUACCGACUGACCUUCCUUCCUUCCUUCCUUCUUCCUUCCUUUCUCUAUCUUCGAGAGUUCUUGCUAGCAGUAAAAUUUUGUGAUGUGUCUUCUUAUUACAUAUUUUCAAUCGUAUGCUUCAACAGUUGCACAAUAAUCAUCUUUUAAACACACAAACAUCACUUGUAAACAUCACUUCACAAUUCAAAUAGGACCAAAUAAUGAUUUGCAUCUCGCUGGUGACUGUAGAUAAUUGUUCUGAUAUUAGCUCCCUUGGUGAACUCGACACAACCUCACUUUGAAGAAACUGAACUUUCUUUUUGAAAGUAAAGACCAGAACAAUAAAUGAAUGUCAGAUAUUACUGAUCCUGUAGAUUGACCCUUAAAAGUUCUGAUUAUAAUCAUAUCUGUUCGGCUUUUCCGUUUGUUGUUCUGUGAAUAAAAAAAGUCGAUCACAAACCAGAGAGCUCAGAUUUACUCGUGGCUCUUUGUUUCCUCAUCUGACACUAGCAAAAGGGGGAUAUGAAGGCUUCAACUAAGUUUUCCUCGGAGCAGAAACUGAAAUUCUGACUCACCAAUAAACUCCCUGGACGACGAUAAAGACCAAACUCAGAUCCUGAAGCCUGCAGGAGGAGAAGUUUUGUCCACCUUCUGAUGCUUGCAUUUGGUCAUCUGUAGUCGUUUUUAAGGACGUGAACAUCUGGAAGAGAAAAACGAGACUAUUGAGCACAUCUGGCUCCACUUUGUUCCUGUUGUUUAGUCAUCGUUUUGACAGACGCUGCUGUUUUCAACAAAACUAAACAGAAAUCACAACUUCAGACUCCUUGAACUGAAAUUUUAACAAAAAUUGUAUGUUGCUGUAUUUGUAUGUUGUGGCUUCAUUACUUUAUCAGAUUUCCUUUGAAAUUCAACUCAGAUUACAUGUCUUGUUUAUUUUUUAAAUAAAGUUGUAUAUUAAUGUUAUUUUUUCGUAAAUGUAAGAUAAAAUAUAAAAAUAGAGACUUCAGAGGAAAUUUGAUAAGUAAGAAAGCUGCCACACAAGACACAAAAUAUGUAAACAAAAAACAAAAUAAGACCCAAAAAUUUAAAAAAGGAUAAAACAGAACUUAAGGUAACUGGAGACACAAAAAAUUAAACAUGAGGAUGGAGAAGCACCGAAAUCCAAAGAUUUGAUCCGAGCUGCUGUUUGCUUCUUUGUGAAUUCUAGUUAUUUUGAUGAAAACAGCAUCUUAUUAAACAAAAUUAACUGUAAAGUGUUCUUCUUGUAUUUGACGUCACAUUUCAACUCUGGGUUCUAAUUAAACUGUCGGACGUGUUCACUCCAGUGGGAGAAAACUUUUUUAAAAAUCUGACAAAUAUUCACACAAAUCUGAAACUUAAACUCACGUUUCAUUUUGAAGAGCCUUUACUGCAUCUGUUGUUGGAGACCAUCACACUUAAGUGCCUUUCUGGAUCUUUCUACCUGUGUUUGUUUUUGUUUAUUUGUUUAUGUAUUUAUUUUGGGGACAGGGAUUUCAUAUGCUGUAUUUUUAUUUUUAAUCCAUAAUUGAAGUUAUUUUGUACUCUGUCUGGUGCUACACUGAGAAUGUUCAUCCAAAAUGGACAAAAAAAGAAGCAUUUUGCUUUGCUGCUGCUUUUAGUUUGAAAAACAUCCAAAGCAUCGUGAUCGUAAACUCCACAGGAGAGAAAAGAAAAUCUGUAAAUGUUGUUUCUGCCUGAUUUACAGCCGAAGUGUGGAUGAGUCUCUGUGCUGAAUAUUGUCAAGUGUCAAAGAGUCCGUUUGUGUAAAGAUGAAUAGAAGAAUAAGAAAAGUUA